CAACGCAGGAACUCCUUGUCGGUCGUUGCCGGGAACAUGGCUCCCACCGUGGAGUCGGCGGCGGGUCCUGGGUCAGCGGCCGAGCUCCUGCUGCAGAGACUAGAGCUAGCAGGAGCCCAAGGCGAAGCGAGGCUCUGCAGCUUGGAGGCGGCUGCGGCGCUGGGCUUGGACCACCAGGUGCUGGUCGGGGCCGUGAAGAGCCUGCAGUCGUUGGGGGAGGUAAGUGGGCGUGGCGGUCUCUGGCCACGCCCCUGUGAGCCGUCGCGGGAGUGGCGUCAUCCUUACCUGCCCUCGGAAGGAAGAGGGACGCUUCUGCGUACCUGAGGCGGGGGACAGGAGAACUGCGCAUGCGUGCUGGCCUGUGUUCUCUUGGUAGUAGAGCGGCGCUCUAUGGCUCCUUUAAGAAAAUGACAGGGGGCGGAGCGUAGGAUCCCCACAGAGUUAUUAAAAGGGUAGAUGGGCACACUCCUUUAAUUCCUUUUUUGAAUGGGGGGUGGACUUUGCUUUGUUUUAACAUUUCCCUCAGGUGUGAAAGCGAGAGUUGCAGUGUUGUAUCCCCAAAUUUCAGGUUCGGUUUGACUCAGCAGCCUUUCUCCACCUUGGGUCUUCCCCCCCCAUGUCAUUGAACUACAACUCCCAGCAUCCCCAGGUAGCAGGACAAGCAGCUAGGGAUGAUGGGAGUUGUAGUCCAACGUCAGGACGGGCACCCAAGGUUGGGAAAGGCUGGUCUUGAAAGCAAGCCACUUGUGUUCUGCAGUUGCUGCUGCUUCACAGGCUGGGCCAAAACAGAGAGGAGAGCCUUACUUUAAAAAAAAUACAAAACCCAACAGCCUGAUGUUGCUCUAGGGGGCUUAGUUUGGUUAGAAUCGAGUACUGUAUACACUUCCACAGUUAAUGCUAAAUACAUUUCUUCUGGUAAGUGAGCCACUAUAGCUGAUGGAGGGCCGUGAAAAUUUGUGUCCUGUGAGCCUUUUAGAUUCGUCUACUCAUGUACUGUCUGAAACUAAAGGGGUGCAUUGGUUUGCAUAUGUGAUUCCAACCCUCCCCCCAGCUCUCCUACCCCACUAUGAAACAGUAUGGAGUAGUUGAUAAAGUGUAAGAUUUGUACUUGGGAAAACCAAAUUAAAAUCCAUCCAUAGCUAUAAAGACUAGAACAGGGGUGGCUAAUCUGUGGCACUCAUAUGUUGCCAGACUCGCAGCUCUCAUGAGCUCUAACCAACAUACCCAGUGGACAUGGAUGGUGAAAUUUGCUGUCCAGUAACAUUUGGACAGCCACCGGUUGGCCAUUCCAAGCCUAGAGAGCAACCCUGGACAAAUAGAUGUUAGCCUAACCAACUUGACAGGAUUGUGAGGAUUAAAAUGCUCUCUUUUUGUUAAAUGUCUUUCCAAAGUGCUCCUUCACAAAGUUUCCACUUGUCCUCUAAGAUAGUCAUGUCCUACAGCAGAGCUUUCCAAACUGUGUGUCACGACACGUCAGUUUGUAAACUGCAGUGUGUAGGUGUGUUGUGCAAAAACUCUCUGUGCUCCUCCUGGGGCUGGAAAGGGGCUAGUUUGACCUCCGGUUUGCUAGUAAAACUGAAUUACUGUGUCGUGAAAUGAUGGUUAUUAUUUAUGUUUAUUGUAUUUUAUAUUGUCACUUUAUAAAUUAAAAGGAUCUCCAGGUGACUUACAAACAAUAACACAUAAAUUUAAAUCAACAUAGGACUAAAACUGAGUGAAAGCUAAAAAUACAUUCAUAUUUAUAACGAGGCAGUACAUACACAUCCCACCUACUGAAGAAGGCCACAGAAAAUUAAAGACCAAAGAAAAAGGUUUUUGACUGGUGCCUGAAGAUAGAUAGUGAUGGUGCCAUGUUUGUCUUCUGGGGAGAGCAUUCCAAAAGCAAGUUCAGUCUUGUUCUGACUGAAGAGCAGUUUCCUAAGAAAAUGAAAUCCUAGUAAAGACUUUUUUUGAAGGCUUGCUAGGGAGAAAUCUCAGUGGUUUAUCUCAGCAUUGAUAUGGUGGGGGGCAUUGAAAGCACCCUAAAAUCUCCAGCUCUCAGCUGUGGCCUUCUUUCGCUGAGGCAAUAAGACUGUGUCUGUGCUGUUCCAUUUCAGGCUACAAGUGUAUUACAUGAUGGAAGUAUGAUAACAUAUGACAAAGAAGAUAUUGCUAGAAUUUUUCUGGCUGAUAUGCUUGUUUUUCAUGUGCAAGGAUUAUUGAUUGAUUGCAUGGAAAAUCAGUUGCCAUGUGAACCCCUAGCUAUAAUCUGAAGUGAUUUAGCACAGGCAUAUGUUAGCCCUUUCAGCAAAAACUAGGACUGGAUCAGGGUGGGGUUCUACACAAACAAAUAUUCUAGAUGGACAGUAAAAACCAAUGAGCUGUAAGAUAAUUGGGGUCUUUUCAGAUAGGACCACCAGUAUUCAGUUGUCUUUCAAAUACUGCCUUAUAACACUCCCUUUUUUCUGCUUCAAGCUCCAGCCCCCACCUCCUUUCAGACCCUUUCUACCCGUGCUGAUGUUCUCAAUUGUCCUCUCUAGGUGAUUGAGGCUGAGCAAUGCACAUCCAAGAAGUGGGAGCUGACACCUGAGGGCAAAGAAAUUGUCCAGGAAGGGAGCCAUGAAGUUCGAGUGUUUAACAGCAUCCCCCCUGAAGGCCUGGUCCAGAGUGAGCUGAUGGUAAAAGUUUACUGAGGUUAUCUUCCCUGUGGGCUUAUUUGAUUAAGUAGCUUUUGGAUACCUGACAGUGUCACUUUUGGUUCUUUUCACUGUAGAAGCUGCCAAGUGGAAAGGUGGGAUUCAGCAAAGCAAUGUCCAAUAAGUGGAUCCAGCUAGACAAGACCGCAGAAGGUGGACCCCGGGUCUUCCGGGCGGUGGGUAAUCCUUACUCCUUAUCAGUUUGGGUUUGGGUUUCUGCAGGGUUUGUGUCAGAAAAGGGGUUGGACAGUGCGGAUGAGUGUUGGUUUCAAUCCAAGGAUGUUGGGAUGGGGAAGACGGCAUCAGGGCCCUGAAGUUUCCUUUUUUUCCCUUCUAGGUGGAGACUGUGCAGGACUCUGUCAGAGAGAAGCUGCUGCAGGUGGAGCAGGGUGAGGGUGACAAACUAGAAGAGAAGGACAAGAAUGAACUGAAGAAGCGGAAACUCCUGGCAGAAGUGUGAGUUGAGCCUCUGUCAUCCCACUCUGCAUGGGAUGAUCUAUGUUUUCAGGACUAAUUUCACCCUUUUUGCAGUAGAAAUGUUCUACAGUCUCAAUGAGCAGAUUAGUUCAUUGUGCAUUCUCAGGGUAUCUGAAUGUGUGCCUGAACAUUGGAAGAAAAUUUCCUGUUUGGAAAGUGCUUUGCAGUUACCUCAUUUAUUGUUGCUUGCAUUGCCAGGAGGGAGCUGAGGCUGUGUGUGUGUGCGCGCGCGCACGCUCGCGCACUUGUCUGAUUAGAUCUAUAUCUGUGUUGGGAUUUGAACCCACCUCUCUAGCAUUGUAUCCACUAGACUGCAGGACCUCUUGUUUACUGUGCUUGUUGUAUUUUGAAACAAGUUUAUAUUUGCUUUCAGGACCAUUAAGACAUACUGGAUCAGUAAAGGAAAUGCUUUCAGUACCACAGUUAGCAAGCAGGAAACGGACCUCACUCCAGAGAUGAUUGCCAGGUAAGGAACUGUUCUAGUCCUCAUUUAAAGUCGGACUAACAGGGGAUCUGAGCUCUUUGUCCGAUUUGGGUCUGUCUGUGUCUCUUUAGUUGCCAUUUCAGUUUGCUCUUGGGUUCCGGGUGUGAACCUUGGCUGUGAAAAUGCUGGCUUCAAACCAUAGAAUCAAGAUUUGCCAAAUACCCACUCGGCUGUUGUGGGAUUGCUGUCGUAGACAUUAACCGCUUUGUAACAAAUCUCAGCACAACUCUUGACCACUCUGCUUCCCAUUACUUGUUGGUAGCUGCCUUCUCUGCAUUCCUAGUUCUGCAUGGAAGGUGAUCUGAAAAGACCCGCAGCCCGUUGCAAAGUUAACUUUCCCCCCUGUUUUCCCUACACUUGUUCCUAAACUUUCAGUGGCUCCUGGAAAGAUUUGAAGUUCAAGGCGUAUAACUUUGAGGCACUGGGCAUUAUGCCUGAAAGCGGACAUCUCCACCCACUCCUCAAGGUCCGCAGCCAGUUCCGGCAGAUCUUCCUUGAAAUGGGGUGUGUACUUCAAUGUCUGCAAAAUAUUGGGGUAUGUGGGUGUGACAAAAUGGUGAUUGCGGGUGGUGAGGUGUGUUCUACCAUGCCGUGUGCGUGGUACAUGCCCAUGAGGCCUGCACAGCUGGCUGUAGAUUCAAUACACGCCUGUCUUCGGAAUUCUGCCCAUCCUUGCUUCUUUUCCUCGGAGGAGGCAGUGCAUUGUAGCCCAAGCUUGACGUCAUGGCACAGUCUGCUGAGGAGACUGGGCUAGCAUUUGUCAUUUACCUGCCCAUGCAGACAACUCCAUGUGAUGAAGACUGUGCUGGCAAAGCACUGGGACGGGAGCAAACCUCCCCCCGCUGCUCUUCUAGGCUUGAGUACAUCUUGAUGUCCCUGCCAUGUGCCCAUCGUCAUUAGCCAGUCUUCUGUGAUGUGCCAUAUUAAUGGGGGUGGGGUGGGGAUAGACUUAUUGCAAUUAAUGGGUCUAAAUUUGUCAUUUUAAUUAAUUAAUUUCAGUGGAUCAACCCUUGAAAAAAACUUUGCUUAAUGGCUGUGUGUUUCCCUUCUCAGUUUUACAGAAAUGCCCACCAAUAACUUCAUUGAGAGCUCCUUCUGGAACUUUGACGCCCUCUUCCAGCCACAGCAGCAUCCAGCUCGGGACCAGCAUGACACCUUCUUCCUAAAGGGUCAGUCACACUGCUUGGGCCACGCAUGACCUUUGUAUCCGGUUUCAUAGCUGGCAAAGAGGCUGUGGAUCAGGAUCUUGGGACAGCUUCAUUUUGGGAGCCAGUUGAGCCCCAAGUAUCUAGCAUAUGUUCUUCUCUUUGUGUUGGGUGUUUCAUAUCUUACGGGCUUUAGUGGAAUGGCUACCUAUCUUGCUAUGGAUAGUCGGCAGGCCUCUCCUCUCUUUAUCUCUUUAUCUGGAGAGUAGUAAGGGGCUGACUCCAGCCUCUUUCUUUCGCUACUGGACAGUCUGGAGCCCCAUAUGCCCAGUCACUUGCAUGUGCCUUCUUCCUUCUAGAUCCUGCUGAAGCCAUCGACUUCCCCAUGGAUUACCUGAAGAGGGUAAAGAGGGUUCAUUCACAAGGAGGUUACGGCUCUCAGGGGUGAGACUCAACAGCAUUUUUUCUGCAGUUCUAGUGCUGGGCCUGGAAGUGCGAAAAGGUUAUGAAAAGCAUCUCCGCACCAGUCAGCUCACAUUAGUGUGCAACAUGUUGUACAGGAGAACAAAUGGUUUGCUGCUGCAGCAUAUAGCAUAGAGUUUUCUCCCAUUCCCAAGUCUGGAGGGUGAUGGGGGCACUUCUCUCUGUGACACUUGUGCUACAAGGUUAGGUGGAGAGAGGAGUUGAUUGGCAGGUGCUGUCAUCUGGGCCACAGUGCUUUUGGAAAUAGCCAUAGGGUCCAUGUUCAUUUGUAAACAGCAGAGGAGUUGGGAUUUUGAUAAGUAAGGAAGGGAAAUCCCAAAUCUGUAUCAUGCUGUUGGGAAAUGGGAGACCCUUCAAAAAAGAAGCUUGAGUCUAGUAGGCAAACUGUUUCUCUUCAUUUUCCAAGCAAUAGCACCCAUCACAGGGCCUGUUUCAGCUCCUGUACCUCAGAUAUUAACUGCUGGAGUCACACCCCACAUCUCAAUCUUUCCCUCCCAGGUACAGAUAUGAGUGGAAGCUGGAGGAGGCUCGGAAGAACCUCCUUCGGACGCACACCACAUCCGCCAGUGCUCGCAUGCUCUAUCAGCUGGCGCAGCAGGUAACUAUCCAGUAAAAACUCUUUCCUGCCUAGAUGUAUCCUAGCUAUGAAGGCUGACAAAACAACAGGUCAUUGAAGAGUUUCCAUAUAAAGUAAUGCCAGGCUUCAUUUACCUAGGAACUGUCAGGUUGGAGCGAGGAAUACAAAUUCAAUUAAUAAUAGUAAUCUAAAGCUGGUAGGAUAAAAACGCUCUGAGGCUGGGAUGGUCUGCCUGCCUGCUGAGACUGAAGUACUUGAACCAAUCCAAAGUGUGGAACUGUGACAACUGCUUCUUCUCCUGCAGGAGAAAUUCACCCCCGCCAAAUACUUUUCCAUCGACCGUGUCUUCAGGAACGAGACACUCGACGCCACCCACCUGGCUGAGUUUCACCAGAUUGAAGGGGUGGUAGCCGAUUAUGGCUUGACACUGGGCGACCUGAUGGGUGUCUUGAAAGAGUUUUUCACCAAAAUGGGUAAGAGCUGUUGAAUAAGAGGGAGGAUACAGAGUGGACUCCAGUUGGGAAGCAGUCUGGCAGGAAACAGGCUCCUUGGUGGUUGUCUUCUCAGUUUUCAGGGACCAGCCUCCCAGCUCCAUUCAUCUCUCUCUCUCUCUCUCUCUCUCUCUCUCUCUCUCUGUGGCAGGAAUCACCCAGCUGCGCUUCAAACCCGCUUACAAUCCUUACACAGAGCCCAGCAUGGAGGUGUUCAGCUACCACCAGGGUGAGUGCAGGAAGAUAGCUGUGUACUGUUCUGUGGAACCGUGACGCUGUGCCACAGGAGUCCUCCAUGUCCCUGGCAGUAUCUCUUUGCUCCUGCCCUUGGGAAUCAAAGCAAGUUGCCUAGUAGCUGAGCUGAGUAGCAGCCGGCGUUACUGGCAGCAGAGGUCAGGUACACCAAGGAAAGGCUGUAAAUCGUGGGUGGCUUUUGAGGGAACAGGGCAAGCAGUCCAAGCACUCUGAACUCUACUUGCAUUCUUACCUGUGAGAAAUUUCAGUUUUCCACCUUUGCCAAGAAGGCAGCUGCACACUCAGUGCCUUAAGAAGGAAUUCCAACUGCCCCUGAAUUAGCCUUUCAUAAUCCCCUUAUGACUCAUGCAGUUGCAAAAAUUCUUCACCCUGAUAAUGCGCUAUAAAUUAGGACACUUUUCCACUGUGUCAACAGUAGUCUGAGAGUAUGCCACCUAUUCAUAGGCCUUUCUAUUUCUGGAGGUUCCAUGUGUCCUGAUAUUUAAAGGACGUGCCCCGAACACCAUGGCAACCUCCCCAGCCCUUCAUUUGAAAUGCAAGGCUGAUGAAUUUGAUUUUACUUGAAACCAAUACCUUCUUGCCUUUCAGGUUUAAUCCUCAUAAUGCCCCUUUUCUCUAUAAAACAUGAGAAUAAUGAAGUCAGUGAAUUGAUAAAGGCAACAGAGAAGCAAAUGCUCCUUAACCCUAUUCUGGGAGUGGGGAAGGGCAGGUGAGGCAGGUGAAGAGAACCACUGGAAGAGAGAUUGGGUGUGCAAAGCAUCCGCUAAAAAUGUUUCAUUGUUUUUAAAGGUUCUUAAGCUUCGAAGCAGCAGGAGCCACAGAACGGAGGCACAACCAUAAAGAAUGCCUCUACGUCCUCAUUUUUGUUAGUAUGGUGGUCUUUUAUAUUAGGGCCCAAACCAUUUAGGACUUCAGACGUCAACAUCAUCCUGAAUUAGCUCACAAGGAUACGACAACACAGUCAGCAUUCACCCUUUGCCCCUUACAGCUGCUGUCACAGCCUCACAAGUUGCAGUGGGCUCCAAUAAGUCAGCUGAAAUGAUUUCCUUGAUUUGACCUGGGAAAGUGUUGUGCAUGAGCAGCCUGACAUAAAAAUACCUGCUUUGUGUUGGCGCUUUUCUUUAUGGGUGGGAGGUGUCCAUAUCUCUGACUUGCCCUCUGUCCCAGGGUGUUGUUCAGAUUGGACUCCAGCAACCCCAGAGCUUGGGCUCUGCCUAGGCAUGUGGCUUUGCUGUUCCACCCUGACCCACUUCACUAGCCUAACAAUACAACUUUUCUUCCAGGAUUAAAGAAGUGGGUGGAGGUGGGCAAUUCAGGAGUCUUCCGCCCAGAGAUGCUGCUGCCCAUGGGUCUGCCUGAUGGGGUGACCGUCAUCGCCUGGGGCCUUUCUUUGGAACGGUAAGUGUUUUGGCUGGAGUGUGUGCCCAGGUUAAGCAACCUUUUGCUAUAGUGUCCUGUCCGGAAGUGCCCCAAGCCUGGGGGCUGCCUGUCUCUCUGUCAGGGACCAAGGACUAAUGCAUGUUGCACCCUUCUAAGAGUCUUAAGUCAGCAGAGGCUGGAACUAAUCUCAAUAAAGCUUCAGUCUACAAAUUGGCACCUUCUGUCUCCCAAGACUAUAAAUCUCUGUCGUGCGGCUGCAUGACCCAAAGCCAUGUGCCUUCCUCGCCUCUGCAGGAUUAAACCUCACUCACCUCUUUCCCUCAGACAGGCUGUUUUCCCAGAUCAAGCUUGUGAGCAUCAGCAGUGCUGUAGCCUGUGUGUUGGGCCACAGAAGUUGAGUCAAAGGUGUAUCCCAUAUUUAGAAUGCCAAAGGGUAUGGGGGAAAGAUCCAUUUGUUGGGAUAGUGUGGACAAACCUAUCCUGCUCUAGUUGUACUUCGCUGUGACUUUUUGCUAUGGUCUAGUACAUUAAUACUAUUUUUCAAAUUUUAUUUUAAUGUCUGUUUUGUGUUGUUGCCUUUUGAAAAAUGCUAGGGACGUGAAAGUGGUAUGAAUGGAGAUUCCUCCCUCUUCUCUUUCAGGCCCACCAUGAUCAGGUAUGGCAUCAAUAAUAUCCGGGAACUGGUUGGUCACAAAGUCAAUCUGCAGAUGGUAUAUGACAGCCCACUCUGCCGCUUGGAUGCUUAGUCCACAGAAACUUUCCUCUCUUCAGAGACAUCCCUAUUUAUUAGCACUGCUGCUUGUUGGAAAACUGGGCCUUUCAGGCCUUUCUCCACGCUUUUGGUUCCUUUGGGGGAAAGUGCCUGUCAAGCCAUUCCGCUGUUUUGUAUGGACGCUUUAGCCCCUACACCUUUUGGAGAGAUCAUGGGUGAAUGGGUUCUCCCAAUUUGUGUGGGGAAUAAACUUGUAGCCCAUGUUACAUUCAGUAAAAGUGUCUCGACCACAAGUCUGUGAUUUGAGUAAAUAGUCAGGAAUCGCUGCAAUUCUACUGAUAUGUAGAGCAUAGUUUGUCAGCUUUACCAUCAUGGCCUGUGGGAAAGUAACAAGUUGGAAGGGGAACUUCUGUACCUUUCACCACCCUGCUUAUACCAAAAUAUUGGGGUAUUUUUUUGGGGGGGUGAGGGGUCUUUCUCCUGCAUUGUGGGAACUGGCUUAUAGGUGGGAUACGAUUGCCACUUCUCCCCACCACACAAAAAUUCAGUAUUUAAAAAAAUUUCUGUGCCUUGAAUUCUUUCUUCUAUUUGCCUCCAUGUCAACCUUUCCUCUUCUCUUCCAUUAUAAUCAUUUUAUUGU